GAAAUCUGAAAGUUGAUGUGUUCAAUUAUUAGUUAUUAUUUUUAGAAGAAAUAAAUUUGAAAUUUGAAUUGAGAAUUGACAUAAGUGAGUGUCUCUGAAAUUCGGACGGCGGCAUACAUUAUUUUUGGGCAGUUCCUCCUGCGAAUUCGAGUCAUUUCUGGCAGCUGAAGCCCCAAAGGAAAGACACGUCAACUGACAAGAUUUUCCCUAGAAAUAGAAAAUGUUGUUUUUCUCAUACUUCAAGGAUAUGGUGGGCAGAGAAGUGACAGUGGAACUGAAGAAUGAUUUGGCUAUCCGAGGCACACUCCAUUCAGUUGAUCAGUAUCUCAACAUUAAGCUCGAAAACACAAGGGUCGUUGAUGAAGAGAAGUACCCUCACAUGCGUUCGGUGAGGAACUGCUUCAUCAGAGGAUCAGUGGUGAGAUACGUCCAGUUACCUCCAGAUGGAGUCGACAUAGAGCUGCUUCAUGAUGCUACGAGGAGAGAAGCUCGUGGUGGCUAAAAGCCUAAAAUAGGAGACCUUCAAAAGUGGAUGUACUUUUAACUUUAAGUGGGUACUGAUUUUCUUUGUAAAAUGUAUUUUUAGAUGCUAUUGCAUUUUAAUAGUGCUUUCUAUUCUGCUUU